AAAUGAAAUCAUCAAAACUCACUGCCAGUAAUAAUAUAAUAGUGAACUCUCAGACAAAGAGUUUUCCACUCAAAGAUGUUGUUCAACAUAUCAAAGAUGACACAAAAGAUAAUAAUUGUACACAAAUUUUAAUUAAUAGCGAACCCGAAGAUUAUGUUACACAAGAAGUACCGGUUCCCCCUCCAGACGGUGGUUUCGGUUGGAUAGUAGUGUUGGCCUCUUUUAUGUGUAAUUUCAUAGUCGAUGGUAUUAUAUUUUCAUUUGGUAUUUUGCUAAUAGAGAUUAGCAAUGAAUUUCAUGAGACCAAAGCCAGCACAGCGUGGAUCGGAUCACUUCAGGGGGGAUUUUAUCUGAUUUUAGGUCCAAUUGUGAGUGCAUUGGCCAACAUAUACGGGUGCCGUAAGACCACCAUUUUUGGUAGUCUUGUGGCAGCCAUUGGUUUUAUACUAUCAUUUUUUGCUGGAAAUGUUAAAACAUUAUACUUUACGUUUGGUAUCUUAGGAGGUAUAGGCUUUGGUUUUAUAUUUUUGCCGGCAAUAGUUAUGGUUGGCUUUUACUUUGAGAAGCGCCGGGCGUUUGCCACUGGAAUAGCUGUCUGUGGUUCAGGAAUUGGUAACUUUGUGUUUGCACCGGCAACUCAAUUGCUGGUUGAAUAUUAUGGUUGGCGCGGAUGUGUCCUAAUUUUGGCCGGAAUUACUCUCAAUUGUGCUGUUUUUGGUUCAUUGUUUAGACCCGUUGAACAUUUGCAAAACAAAUCUCAAAAGCCAUUACUAUUCCGUAUCAAAGAGGCCAGAGAUGCGCUCUGGACUGAGUCAGAUAUGGAUGAAGUCGAAGAGGAUUCACCGACGGGAAGCCACAACAGCGCUCCGCCGCCUUAUUCGGAAAUAGUGAACAUCGACAACACUAACAACAACUCUUUGGCCAAAAAAUAUUCUCUGUCUAUAAACAAUUCGGUUACCGAAAUGAAAAACAGGAGACGGACUCAAAGUUAUGACUAUACCAACCAAUUUCUAAGACCCGAAGUGAUCAGUAGUUCAUUAAGUCUGGUUGCUGUGAGAAGCAGGUCGUCGUCGGUAAUGAGUCACGUAUUGGAAAGAAGUGCCAAUCGGUUGCCUUCAAUCAAAUCAGUAACGGAAUCAAAGGAAAGGUCGACACCAGAAGAGUCAACCCAAUCAAAGGAAUCGAUUCAUACGUCUAAUGAGUCAAACAGUGCCAACCAGUCAUCCAAAGCGUGUUUUGAAUUUUUGACUCAAACUUUUGACUUAACUUUACUGAAAAGUCCGUCCUUUCUAUUGCUGUCUUUGAGUGGAUUUCUUUGUUUGGCCGGCUUUUUCAUACCAUUCAUGUAUAUCGCAAAUCGAGCCAAACUGUUGGGUUGUACACCAGAAAAAAGUGCAUUUUUACUAUCAAUUAUUGGUAUAACUAAUACUAUCGGUCGUGUGUUUUGCGGAUAUAUUUCCGAUAGACCACAAGUCAAUGCCUUAUUGAUCAACAACGUGGCCCUCACUAUCGGGGGUUUGGCUACCAUAUUGUCGCCCAUCAUAUGCAACACAUAUGUCACUCUUAUGAUAUAUUCAGCUAUUUUUGGAUUUUCAAUCGCCUGUUUCGCAGCCCUUCGUUCUGUAAUAACAGCAGAAAUGUUAGGUUUGGAUCGACUCGCAAAUGCUUUCGGACUGUUAUUGAUGUUUCAGGGAAUUGCCGUCACUAUAGGCUCACCCAUUGCCGGUUGGUUCUUUGACAUAACCGGUUCAUAUGAUUAUUCAUUUUACUUGUCGGGUUCGGCCAUAGCAUUGGCCGGUAUUAUGUGUUUCCCGUUGUCAGCAAUCUCGAGAUGGGAGCGACAAAAGCCUGGUUUCGGUGCCAUUAAUUAA